CAUAACCUCCCUUGAUAUGUAUUUCUUUAACAAGAGAGAGUUGUAUAGAAAUGUGACUUGGCCUCGGGGUAUUACUGGUUCUGCCAAGAAAUAACACAAAGAAAAUCAGCCGCAGGCAAUUUUCCACUGCAGUUACACAGCACAGAUGGAUGGCAAUGCCGUUUACCAGAUGCCAGUGAUAGACUUCCAGUGUAGUCAACGACACGUGGAAAUUGCAAACAGAAGAGGUGUGCCUGGAGUAACAGAUUAGCCUUUCACCUGAAGAAGUCACAAACCAGUUUUGCAUUUUAACAGCCUACCUAGAAGGUCUUAUUUUUUCUCCUUGUUCCACAAAACGAAAAGUUAAAAGAAAAAGUCUAAACUCUCCAUCAUAUGGUUUUGGAUUGUCUCAAAUGUAUUCUUUGCUAGGGAGGUUUUGUGUAUUGCGCUCACGUGCACUCAACACAACAGCUUGUAAAGUAAGGGAUAACACGACAUAUUGAACACAACUUGGCCCCAAGGGUUCUCAAGCUAAAAAGAAAUAAGGAAAGCGACUUUAAUUUGGAUAUUUGACAGCUGAGCUAAUGUUCAACUUUUUUUUUUCCUGUGUACAAAAAACAGAUUUUCAAUAGACAGUUUGAAUAGCCUGCCUGCUUGGGUGUUAGACAUUAGCAGGGGCCACUGCUACAAAAAACAAGAAGUGGUUCCAUUCUCAACACGGUCGGAAGUGUCUGAAAAAUGCCUUCAGACAGUGAAAAUGGCUACGGUCCUGUUGAAUGGAGCUCAGCAACAUCACAACAAGCACCAAACCUUUGCCUCAAAACACAGACGACUCAGUGGACACUGACCACGUAAUGGAGAUGGUAUUGAUAGUUUUAUACAGCAUCACUAUUAUUCUGGGAGUAACCGGAAACAGCAUAGUGAUCUGGAUGACCGGCUGCAAACUGAAGAAGACUGUGACCAACGUCUGGCUCCUCAACCUGGCUGUGGCCGACCUGAUCUUCUGCUUCACCCGAGUCACCUCUUUGCUCAAGCUCCUCUUCUACACCUACUGGCCCUUUGGAGAGUUCCUCUGCAAGUUCAACGGCUUCUUCACGUACAUGAACUUGUUCUGUAGCGUCUUCCUUCUGUCCGUCAUCAGCCUUGACCGCUGCAUUUCUGUGGUCUUCCCCAUCCGGAUGAUGCAGCGGCGCACUGUCCAGAUGGCUUCCUUUGCCAGCGUAGGAGUUUGGGCGCUGGCCACAGCCUUUAGCCUGCCGUACUUCCUAUUCCGACGGGUCUCUAUGGAUCCAGGAAAUGGGAAUCUCUCCAAGUGCUCCUUCGAUGUUCCUGGAAGCAAUGAUGGAUAUCAGAAUAAGGCCCUCUACAUCGUGAGGUUCUUUUUUGGUUUCUUGGUCCCCUUUUUAAUCAUUGCCACUUGUUACACCAUCAUGGCUUGCAAGUUGAGGCGGACACGGGUGCCCAAAAAGUCCUUCAAGAUCAUUGCUGUAUUGGUGGCUGCCUUUUUCUUCUGUUGGGCGCCCUACCAUGUCUUUUUGCUGGCCAAGAUGGUCAAUAAGAAAUCUUUGGCGGUGAAGGUUGCUCUUCCUUUGUUCAAAGGACUGGCCUACUUCAAUAGCUGCAUCAACCCCAUCCUUUAUUUCUUCAUGGCCCUGGAUUUGAAGAAGAGGUUCAAUCAAACACUGUCUUCGGUGUGCAUAAGUGUUUUCAGUGAGGAAUUGGAUAAUUUCAACCAUUAUCGGUCAACAAGGAGAGACAAAUGCACUAUGGCAAACACAGUGCAGGUUGCUGCAUUGUAAAAAUACUCAAAACUUUAGCAGCAUCUGUCUGGACAAUUUAGUUAAGAUGCUGUCAAUACUGUGACAUUUUUAGUGCUCAUACAUUUUUUUAAAUGUUUUUACAUAUCUAAGAAGGUCGUUAUAUAUUAAGGAAAGUUUAUGUAAAAAGUUUGUCUACCUUAGACUGCAUGAUUGAGUAUUUUUGAAAUGUAUGUUAUUAUAUAUUAUCUAUAUUAUUGUAUAUAGAUUUAGAUAGUGCUUAUUUUACCAUUACAACUAUAAUGUGGAUUAUGUUUAAAUACAUCAGGAGAAGCAUUGAAUUUUAAUAUACUUCCAUAUUUAUACACUUAUUAAAUAAAGCAAUGCCUUUACUUGUUUUUGUUUAAAAUCGGAUCGGAGGGUGUCCACAGACCUGCAGUUCUCCUGAGCUGCAGUAAAGAUGUGUAAUUAGUCAUGCUAAAAUGCGUUGUGAUGGUGCUCCACUAUGAAAGGUGCUAUAUAAAAUAAAGAUUGAUUGAUAUAA